CCGCACUGUGAAUGAAAGUGAAACAGGUUAGAGAUCAUCAAUCGUUAAUCUGGCUAGUGGCUAGGGGGAAUCAUACCUAAGUGAGUUCCCAACCUGUAAUUAGAUUAACUUUAACUGUAGUUUGCUAGAGUAGUUUUAGUUCUUUCAUCUUAAUCUGAUUUGCUAAAUAAUAAACUGAAGCUGAGUAAUAGUAACUCUAGAGACCCAUGGAUUCGAUAUUUAUCACUUGAGCCACUAUACUGCAGUCCCUUUCAUUGGUUACACUUGGCCUUUGUUAGGUGUUGUGUUUUAGAGCAUCAAGUUUUUGGCGCCGUUGCCGGGGACUUUCUAGAGUAUUAGGAAAGGCAGAAGUUUGUUACUUUAGCGUUUUUCGUUUCUUUUCUUUACCACCCUUGCUUUUCACUUGGGUGUUUUUGUUUUUGUUGGUGCAGAUCUGAAUCAUGGAUCCUAAUGGCUUCUCCAAUCAUUGGGGGUAUCCACCACCAUCUGGGUGGUAUUACCCCGAGACUCCCUGGAGCAAUCAAGGCGGAGAAGACUAUGGAUUCGGGUUCCAGUACCAACCCCCUUACUACGGAGAACAACCGGACCCCUGGGCAUAUCAAGAACAACCUCAUUACCAAGAAGAAUUUCUCCCACAACCAGAAGGGCCAUUGGAGCUGGAGUUACCCAUGGCGGCCUUCACGGGCCAUUCUGCAGAGCCAUGCUACACUCCACAGCCAGAUCCACACUAUGAAUUGAGACUUCUCAUGGAGAGAUCAUGCUCCAGUAUGGAUCAUUGUGUCCAGGCCUAUCGUGAAACAGAGGGGAUCCUCCUGAGCCUUAAGAAGAGUGUCGAUGAUCUUGAGCGAUCUUGGGCGCAACCUGCUCCAGAUCACCCUUCUGCUACCAUACAAGAAGAUGAGGAGGAAGAAGAAGGCUACAAGGACAUUGUGGAGCACACUGAAGUUGUCACGGAGAGCUCCCGUGAUGAUCAUGAUCAGGAGUGUCAUGUCGUAGCCGACCACACCUUCCCACACCCCAAACUGCGCUUUGAAGAGGCGGGCAUGAGUGAGGAGUUGCAAGAAGAUCUCAUGAAAGAAAUUGCUUGGCAACUUGCUCUCCAAUCCGUGCUAGAAGAAGAAGAGCAACAAAGGGUGCAGAAAGAAGUUGUGGAGGAUGACGAAAGUGAAGCAGGAGGAGUUCUUGAUCAUUUCCCAGGGGUGAUACCACAUGAAGAAGAAAGGGGGGUUGAAGAAGCAAUUGGUGUCCAGGCUGAGGACGGAGUUAAGGUGGAAGAGGCCUGCACCGGCCAUGAGUUACAUGUGAUAUCUCCACCAAACUUCGAGGAACUGCUUAGCAAGGACCCAUUUGCAGUGUCUCUUUGCCAGACCAAGGCCACCUCGACAUCAGUCCCUCUUGGUGGACGCGAUGGUGGCCAAUCGAUGCUGUCUUAUCUGGUUUGGGGCAAUGAGACGAGAGAAGAGAAGAAGAGGUCUCGAGGGUGGAGACUUCAUCUGCAUCAAGUACAUGAGCCCUCAUCACCUGCCUCACCACAUGCUCAUGACUUGAGACUCCACCUCAUCGACGAGAACCUCAACUUCAAGGAGGUUCUAUCAUGGACCGAAACUUAGGAGCCAUCGUCCGGCUCACGACGUGAAAGAAGCGCUUGUUGGGAGGCAACCCAACCAGUCGGUUUGCAUUUCUUUCUCUAUUUCUCCUCGGUUGAGUCAGUUUUGUUAUUUGAUUUUAGAGUCAAUAACUCAACCUUUGUGAGAUUUUGUGUGGUGUUUGUGUUCUGAUUACUCUCUCUUUCUGGAAUGCACCGCCUGACCCGUUCAUCAUCAUUCACCCUUGAUCUGGUAACUUCGUUCUACCCUCCUUAUCUUUCCUCCAUUGAGGACAAUGUCGUGCUUAAGUGUGGGGGGAUGUUCGAUUAUGUAUGCGGGUGAAUGUUUGGCUGUUUGUGUGCUUGGAGCCUAGGUCCAAAUUUUUAAAUUUGAGGGCUCCAAGUACGUGUUUCCAUGCAAUUGCCUGCUCAGUAUGCUUUGAAUUGACAGUCUUUAUAGUAAUAUGCAACCUAGGGAGGUAGUGUAGCACUAUGGAGGAUGUUGAUGCAUUUAAGAAGUCUCAUUUCUUCUUCAUAUUGUGUUGGUUGAAUGAGUGAAUUAGUGAUCUUAGGACCCUUGAAUUGUGUGGUGUUGUGGAUUCUCUGCCUGUCAUGGACUCUUGUUUCAUGCUUUGAAAAUAACAGGUGCUCGAAAAUGUGCUUCAAAAUAAACGUCUCCCGUGCGAAUAGGGCGAAAGUGUGCAAGGGGAGACGGGAAUCCGUUCCCAAUUUCCACCUACUACCUCCAGCCCCCUUACAUGUCUUUCCCCCGCACGAGGCUCGAGACAUCCGCUCCUGGCAUGGCCGGUAAGAGCAGGUUGGGACCCUUGAAAAGAAAAAGGAAAGAAAAAUAACAGAAAACAAGCAAAACAGAAAAAAAAGGGGUUCCAACCAUCUUCAAAGAAAAUAGAGCACCUUGAAAAAUGUGAGUCCAUGAUCUUUUGUUUUUGAGAAUCUCUCCGUCCACAAUUCAUUUGUCCUCUGUUCACUUUUUGCCAUGAUGCCGACUCGAUAAGAAGCUAUGAGAUGACUUGUGCGUCGGUUGACCUCGUAAGUUGCUAAAUGAUCUAGGAAGUCCUCUACCUACGAUCUGGGUUGUUUGUUGCUAUAGAGGUCUGGAGAGUUGCAUUGGUUUGAGUUAGGUUUGCUUGGGGACAAGCAAACGGUUAAGUGUGGGAGAGUUUGAUAGACCGUUAGUUACACAUGUUUUCACCCCUGUUCUUACACCGUUUGAGAGGUGGUUUCUCGUGUUUUAGACCGAUUUCACGCUAGGUUGUGCUUGUUUGUGAUAUUUCAGGUCCUGGCAAGUGAAUGAAGGUUUAGGAGCGAGUUCGGGGUCGAUUGGACGAAGAUCGGGCGCGAGACAAGUCACAAAGGAGGUCACACGGGCUGCCCUGAUGAUCACACGCCCGUGUGAAGUAAUGGCCUGGCCGUGCGAGUUUUGCCGAGAGCACACACGGGCAGAGCAGAGGAUCGACACGGCCGUGCAAGUGGCCGGGUUGGCCGUGCCACAUUCUGCGAGAGCAAACACGGGCAAGAGGGGAUGUCCACACGGUCGUGCCACUCUGGCCGUGCAAGAGCCUGGAAUUCGAACUAAUUGGAACGCAGCGUUUUGACUCACACGGGCAACUGGGUAAGCCACACGGCCGUGCCACCCUGGCCAUGUGAGUCGGGAUUUUGUGCUUAAAACCCGAUUUUCAGCCAAAGGAGAGAGGAGAGCUGGGUUUUGGAUCCCAAACACCCAAGGGACGAACCAAAGAGAGAGAGGGCGAUUUGAGGGCAUUCUUGGAGUGGAGUUGGAGGAUUUCUUCGCCUUGGAAGCUCGAGGAACAAGCCCGGACUUGAAGACUGAUCAUCUGAAGAUUCUUACUGCAGUCUCUCUCUUCUCUAUGGAGUAACUUCCCUUCACUUAGGUUUUGAGGAACCCUAGCUAUGUUUGUUUGAUUGGAUGAUUGUAUGAGUACUCUGACUGGAUAAUCUUGAGUUCAUAUUCAAUCUAUGCAUGUUUUCAUGAUUCAAUUCUGCUUUAGUCGAGAUUAUUGAUUCUGCUUUGAUUCUAUGAGAGGGAAUACCUGAUUAGGUCAAUAGAGCACCAUAGAUUGAUAGUAGUGGAUCGAUUGCUUUAGUCGAGGGUGGAUUCACUGCUUUGUAUCGAUUGAGAACCCCUUUCGAUAGAGGGAGUCUAGUUCAGAACGCCUUGAUCAGUUGUUCUAGAGAAGGAUACGUCCCUCUAGGCAAUUGACUCAAGAGGGCCUUGUUCCUUUAGUCGAGAUUCAAGGUCUAGUCAAGGAUUCUCCGCAUUGUGAAUGAAAGUGAAACAGGUUA